ACAAGCCACACAUCAAAAACAACAACACAACAAUAAGCACCAAAACCUCUUUUCUUCUCUUCAUUUGAGUCUCAAAUCGAAAAAUACUAACAAUGGAGGCAAUGAAGAUGAAGCUUUACGUGGUGGUUUUGGUGGCAGUGAUAGCGUUCUCUACAGUUCACCAGACGGUUGCAGCGGUUGACGCUCCCGCGCCUAGCCCUACCUCCGAUGCUUCCUCAUUUAUCCCUACUUUCUUCGCCUCCGUAGCGGUGAUGGCCUUUGGAUUCUUCUUUUAAGAAGUUUCUUCUUUGCUUUUUAUGUUUAAAUGAAUUUAAAGUAAAAUCAACUAAUUGAUGAUGUUUAAGUCUGGUCUUGUUUUGAGUUCUAGUUGAUUUCAUGUUGGUUAUGUUUGAUGUCUUUUAUCUCUCUAUUAUGUAUCGCUGUUGAAUUUGACUCAUUCGAAUAUCAAUAAUAAUAUAAUCAAUAAUAAUAUAAUAUUAUUAUUAUUUGUCUAUUUUCUUU